UGCCCCGCCAGGCGGGGACGCACCGGAUGCCGGGGGUGGGGGAGGAGGGCGUCCACGGCUGUCGAGGUGCUGGGUCGGUGGCAGAAGGGGUGCGCUGGGUGAGUAACCGUCCCUGUCCACGCUCCGGCGGUGCGCAGGGUUGCGCAUCUGUGGAAGACAUAACCUUGCACCUGCCUGCCCACCCCACUCUCUGACCUUGCUAGUCUCUCAGGGUUUGAGACACUGACCUUCACUGCUCAACUUAAGGGCUCCAAGGACUCCACUUUCUCUAGACCUCUCCAGCUGAGUAAACCCAGGGUGUUGUUACACACCUGAAGGAAGUGAGGAGUGGGCGGUCAAGGCCUCAGAGCAAGAGCCCUCUGGGGCCUCAGGCAGAGGAGUGAAACUGGAACCAUCAGGGAACAUGAGUGAAUUUUGGCACAAACUGGGCUGCUGCGUGGUAGAGAAACCCCAGCCGAAGAAGAAGAGGAGACGAAUUGACCGGACCAUGAUUGGGGAACCAACGAAUUUUGUCCACCUGACUCACAUUGGCUCUGGGGAGAUGGGUGCCGGAGAUGGACUUGCCAUGACAGGUGCAGUUCAGGAGCAGAUGCGAUCCAAGGGAAACCGAGACAGGCCGUGGAGCAAUUCUAGGGGCUUGUAGCUCCAGAAAGAAUGGUUCUGCUGUGGGUCCCGCCUUCACUCUGUCCAGCCCAGAAGAGAUACUGCCCCUACCAGUUUGCCUCCUAGAAUCAUUGAGCCCAGGGCCCCUCUUUUCCCUAUCUGUCUAAUAGUGCCUCAGAAGGCUGGGGGCUGGACUCCCUCUACUCCCUCUGGCUUUAGCCCCUCCUGGAGAUGGGGUCAAGGCAGCAGGACUGACCAAGUGACUACUGGUUGGCCAGAGGAGCUCAGCUGAAGCCCUGGACACUCUCAGAUCUGAGAUAGGAGUUUUCUGGGAACUUGGAAUGAGUUCCCUUCUCCUGAAUGACGGUCUAGGUGCCAUAUGUUUUUAAACUCUUAACCUGGAACUCCUUAAAUAUGGUGGAUAGGUGAGAUUACCAAAGCUGAAAUUGGCUUUGCUGAGAAGCUCCCUACCUUCCUGCUCUUAUCUUUCCUCCUGGAAUGAACUGAAGCAGACAUCAAACAGGGUCUGGGAGGGUGACCACUGGCUAGCCUACUUUUUCUCUUUAGAUCUCAGACUUUAAGCUCACAGUCCCUCAGUAUCUCUCUGCCAAUACCAGGGUCUUUCUCUAGGUAGGCCUCUAACCCUAUGUUUCUGUAGCAUUGCUGGCUCCCUAAAAUCUUUCCUUUUUUUUUUUUAAUUAAAAUUUUAAUUUAAGAUGAGUUCUUAAUUACCCCCAGCCUGCUACUGCCUCUGUCCUUAACACCGUCCCUAUCAGGAGCCUUAUUGUUUCCCAUUGGAUAAAAGUUAAGAUAAGGGUGGGUCUUAACCUGAAGACGUUGCUAUUAAGUCUUAGCAGUCUGCCCUCUGCCAGCCUCCCUGCUGGCCUAGAUGAGAGCAGGAAGAGGGAUCUUGGAGAGAAACCCAGAAUGCAGCAAAACGAGUUAUGUCUCAGGGUAGACUUAUUGAUCACUGGGAAUGGAAGGGGUGGUGAGAUAAGUAGAUUGAAAACAACCAUUCUUGAGUGAUCUUAAGAUCCUCACAGCAUGGGAGCUGGCAUACCUCUAGAGCAAGUUUUCUCAAGGAGGCCCUUUUGACACUUGGGGCUGGGUAAUUCUUGGUAGCGAGGGACUGUCCUGUGCAUUAGAGGAUGUUCAGCAGCACCCCUGGCCCACCCUAGAUAUAUGGCCAAAUGUCUCCUAGGGGGCAGAAUCACCCCUAGUUGAGAGCCACUGCUCUGGAGUCGAGAUGUUUUUCUCUCAAGUGAUUUCCACUUGUUCAUCCUAAGCCUGAGCCAUGGAUGAACUAGGGCCCCUUGUAAAGUAGGCUCAAUAGGGCUGCACGUAAUCUCCAGACAUUUCUCUAUUCAGUAUGUUGCUUGUGCUUGCAUGGGUUCAUGUCUCUGUGAUGGACGUGUGCUGGGCUUCUCUGUUCUUUUGCUGUCUGGAGGAGGGGUUCCUGCGGUGUGGAGGCAUGAACAGGGUGUGGUGGGAUUGGGGAAGGGAGGGAGAGAAAAACAGUAGAGCCGCAGAUACCCCAGCUUAUCCUCCCCAAAUUUUAAGCUCUGUUUCUGUGCCCUCGUCCUAGAACCAGACACAAAUAAGACUCAGGGAGUUUUGUCUGAAGACCAGGUCCCACUGCCCACCUGGCUGAAGAGUCUGCUUUAGGUGGGAAAAUAAUGUAGGAGCAGGCUCUUUAGGCACUUUCAGUUUUCUCAGGUGUUUUGUUCUGGCCCCUUCCUUGCUGGGUGAUUAGGAGGGCAGAACAGCUCUUGCCUGCUCUGAGAAGAGAAGGCGGGAGUCUCAUUAGCUCCGAAACAGGAAGCAUCCUGUUUGAUGGUAGUGGGAGUCAGGAAUGUGAAAACUAAGAUUCACUCUGCUGAUUCCGUCAUCCAUCCAGUCCAACCCCACCUAUAGUGACUGAGGUUCUAGUUUUUUCAAAUUACUGUAUUUCCUUCAGUUUUUCAGUGUCUAAGCUUGGUCAUAGAGAUACAUUACUAAUGUACUCAGUUCCAGUCUAGCUAGUUGCUCUGAAAGUAGCUCAAUAGCCUGAUCUAGUAUAACUAGAUCUAAAGGGUUAACAGAAUAGGGCAGAAAGAUGGGGGACUUCUGGAAUCUCUGGUCACCCUGAUCUUGAGCCUUAUUCUACCGCCUGUUCUUUAGACACAGUCUUCUUUUCUUUGGUGCUCUCUCACCUUUAGCUACCUUCUCUAAUGUGCAUGCUACCAUCACUUUAACAAUAUUUAGAGUGAUGAGAAUGGGUUUGAGAGUCAUAAUUUAUAUUAAAAAUUGUUGGACUUUUAAAUACAUUUUCAAAUAAAAAAAGCUUAAGCAAAA